CUUUUUCACGGCCCUACAUAAACUGCUUGCUGCACAGCUUUCAAGAAAAGCAAAUACUUCACUAUUUCUGAUUCACUCCGGAUUCAUUGUGCUAUAUAUUUUUUUAUCUUUCAUUCGAAUUUUGUGGAACUUCACCUUCGAACAUGAGACUCGUGAUUCUAGAUGCCUAUGAUCAGGCCAGUGAAUGGGCUGCCAAAUACAUCAGAAACAAAAUUAUCCAGUUCAAGCCGACUGCAGACAGAUACUUUACUUUGGGUCUGCCCACAGGCAGCACGCCACUGGGAUGCUACAAGAAACUGAUUGAGUAUCACAAAAGUGGAGAUUUGUCUUUUAAGUUUGUGAAAACAUUCAACAUGGAUGAAUAUGUUGGUCUGCCAAGGGAUCACCCAGAGAGUUACCACUCGUACAUGUGGAACAACUUCUUCAAAUUCAUCGACAUAGAGCCCCAGAAUGCCCACAUCCUGGACGGGAAUGCCACAGACCUCCAGGCGGAGUGUAACGCAUUUGAGGUCAAGAUCAAGGAGGCUGGUGGCAUUGACCUGUUUGUCGGGGGUAUUGGUCCCGAUGGACACAUUGCCUUUAACGAGCCUGGAUCCAGCCUGGUGUCCAGGACCAGGGUGAAGACCCUGGCUAAGGACACCAUUGUGGCCAACGCCAGAUUCUUUGGCAACGACCUGUCCAAGGUGCCCACCAUGACUCUCACUGUCGGCGUGGGAACAGUGAUGGAUGCCAGAGAGGUGAUGAUUUUGAUCACAGGAGCGCACAAGGCCUUCGCCCUCUACAAAGCCAUCGAGGAGGGGGUCAACCACAUGUGGACCGUGUCGGCCUUUCAACAGCACCCCCACACCAUCUUUGUCUGUGAUGAAGACGCCACGCUGGAGCUCAGGGUCAAGACGGUGAAGUACUUCAAAGGCCUGAUGCACGUCCACAACCAGCUGGUGGAUCCUGUUCACAGCAUAAAGGACUACAAAGACUGAUGCUGAUGAGCUCAGCAUGUGUCUCCGAGGGAUCGAUAUAUUCCAGGAAUGUGAUUGCAGCCACAAAGUCCUGGAAGAGUUGUGUAAUAUGGUCAUAUGACUAACAUCCACCCACCACUCCAUGACUCUUUUGAUGCAACGAUGAAGAAACGGUCAACUUUGCCAAGGCCCUGGUUGGUCUUUGUAUCAAAUCACAAACUUGUCAAAUCACGUACUGGUUCAGUGGGUAUUGCAUGUUGUGACAGUGCUGUUACACCCAGCAGGGAGAUGCCCCCAUUUUGUGCUCUGAAAGAGCUCCGGCCCUGGCUCGCCAGCCAGGGUUCAAAAAGGAGGUCUUUGCCUUACUUACAGGCACAGCAUCAGUAUAGUCCUGUCAUGAGCACUCCAAUCAGUUCACUUGGCUCUCUAGGGCUAAACACUCCACAUUCUUCUUGUUGUAUUCCUCAUUUUCUUGCUUAAUCUACUUUAGUGAACAUUCCUCAUCAUGUACAGUAACUUGAAGGGGCAUCUCAGGCUGUUCUUGGCCUAGAGUCAUCCAUGCUUGUUGACAAGUCUUCUGAUGUACAGGAUCUUGGGGUAGGGAUCUUGGGGUGUGAGCCAAUCUGGCUCAAGUCCAUGUUUUUUCAUGAAAAGGGAUAAGGUGUCUUAAUGCUACGCUGUUGGCUGGCCUUUGUCAUACGGCUUGUUCUUGGCUCCUAACGCCAUCAACUUUUGGCAUUUUUGUUUGGUUUUUACAGGCUUAAGUGUAAACAGAAUGCUGUAUUUACUACACUCCUUCUGAACUCUUGUAUUAAUCUUUCUUGUCACUUUAAAUAUGAAUUUCUUAUGUAAUGUUUCAUGUUAUUUAGGCCAUUUCAAUCUGAAUGUACCUCGUGUUUGGAAAGAAGUUACUGUUCUGUAUCUUUUGGCAUCUUGGCCCUAGUUUACUGCUUUCUUAUAUUACCUCUAUCCUCUGUGUACUGGUUUAACUGAGGGGGGCAUUAGUUGCUAUCGUGUCCUUAUUGAUGAUUAUGUAUUUUGUCAAAAUCUGACAAAACAAAAAUCUUUGUUACCGAUGUAAAAAUGAGCUGUCAACA